AUGGGGACCGGUAGGCCCCUCCCGCGGGGCAGCGCGGGACCUGCCUGCGCGCGGCCUCGCGGGCUGAGGGAGCGCGGCGGCGGCGGUGGGGCGGCCAGUGAGGGACGACGGGGCGGGGCCGGGAAACCCCGGCUCGGGCGCGUCAGCCAAUCGGCGCCUCCAGUCCCGACCUGCGGAGCCCGCCCCUCAAGUGGGACGCGCGGCGGACGGGCGGAGCGUGUGGGCACCUCCCGUGCAGUGCGAGGGACGUUGUUCAGACACGCAUUCUGCUGGUGUCGCCGAACCUGGCCUAAUGAUGUCUGGUCGCCCGUCAUUGCUGCUUCGGAGAAAGAACGACCCAACCCCACCCCGGCUGCCUGCCAGCUCUUCUCAUCCAUGGGGAUUGGUAUUUGAGUUACAGCAGCCAUGUUGUGAUCAUGAGGGAAAGGUGAAGAAGAGAAACCCUGGUCUUUCUAAUCUUGAGCUACUAGAACAACCAGCAACUUGGCUACCUCCAGAUAUUUUCUGAUGUAAGGGAAAAUUAUUGCUUAAGUCUCAAAUAUUCACAACUGAUACAAGGCUUGUGUACUUUGAUGACUAUUUCUGAGAAAUCACAUAUAUUACUCUAAGAAAACCUUUUACUUGAGCUAAUUUAAUUGAAUUUUUGGUCCUUGAAACCACAAAGUCCAGAGGAAAAAAAAACAAUUCGAGUAGCUGGAAUGGAUGUUGAAGAAUGGUUUGAGCUUAGAGGCAAAACAAGUGACAUAUUCUGAAGUCUUUGAGUAGGAAUGGCAGUGAAACAAGGAACUCACAUUGAGGACUAGUAGAAGAUAAGGUCCUAGGACUUCCCUGUUGGUGCAGUGGAUAAGAAUCUGCCUGCCAAUGGCAGGGGACAUGAGUUUGAUCCCUGGUCCAGGAAGAUUCCACAUGCUGCAAAGCAACUAAUCCCAUGCGCCAUAACUGA